AUGAAUCAAUACUGGAGAAUCAUUGCGCCACGGCGCAAAGAAAGUACUGCAGAUCUAGGCAGAUUGGACGAAUGCCUGCUCCGGGGGAAAGCCUCAGCGUUGGUGCCGCUCUUGGCGGUUCCGCUAAUGGCGCACGGUCAUGAACACGUGGAGGUGAUUCCGGGGGAGAACGUCGAGGACGAAGACGACGAUUUCGAGUGCACGAAGCGGCCACGCAAGAACGGCCUUCCGCAGAACCAUUCCAGCAAGGCGGCUCGCAUCGAACAUCACAAUGCAGUGGAAGCUGUGCGCACCGCCAAUGUGCCUCGUCCGGGCUCGCUCUACGACCUUCCGUCGGAGAUCCACCACCACAUCUUUGCCCGGCUCACGAACGUCGAAGAUGUCUUGCGGCUGAGCCUGACGAACCGGUAUUUCUGGGCCGUGGGGCUUUCCCAUAUCGAGGACCAUAUCAUCACCUCGCUGGCGCCGUGGGCCGGUGAACAGAUCAUCUGCGUCGGGAACUGUGGGGAGCCUGGAGAUUAUCCCCCGGGCCUGUGGAGUGCAGCGGAACAAAAGGCGAUGAGGGCACUGGCCCAUCACAGUGAACCAAUGAACUUGUAUGCGCUGGGACACACAUAUCAUCAAGUCGGGGAACCGUCGCUGUCACAGCAACUGCAGAGCUGGUUCCAGCAGUACGAGGCGGAGCACCCCAUGAGUAAAGCAGACCGCGCGGAGAUCCUGAUGGGCCUACGCCCCGAGAUCUCAGAGUUCUAUCCGCGCGACCAGCCGUGGGUGCUGCGCAACCUGACCACCAAGGAGUAUGUGCGUGGGGAAGUGAUCGCUCUCAAGGGGGAGUUUGUGCGCGGGCCUCAGAUUGAUGUGCUGGGGUUCCCCGAGGUUCUGAUUUCUCGGAUCUGUUGGUCAGUGUCUAAUGGCGGACUGGAGGGCCAGCUGCGCAUCACUCGUGGAAAGUGGGCUGGGCAUAGGUUUGAUAUCACACCGUUGUCGGUGCACGAGAAAAAGACCCAAAACAAGUGCUGGAUGGAUGUGAGCAACGAAGUACUCCGGGAGAUCGACGUGCUUGCCAGUGAGGAUUUGGGCGACGACUGGCGCCAGCAUUUAGCCCAGGAGUUUCAGACUUCCCAUGUGCCAAUCCUUGCUGAGGGGCGAGGGGCUUCAGUGGGAUAUUGA